UGCACGUACCCCUCAAGGUUAGCGGCCAUGGGUGAUUAAUAGCCCAUCAUUUGACAAAGUGAAAAAAAAAAGACUACGAAAUCGAAAAGGAGGAGGAGAAAGAAGAGAAAAAUGGCGUCAAACGCAGCAGUACCGUUUUGGAGAGCAGCAGGGAUGACAUACAUAAGCUACUCCAACAUCUGUGCUAGUCUUGUCAGGAAUUGCCUCAAAGAACCUCACAGAACUGAAGGUAUCGGUCGCGAGAAGGUUCAUUUCUCCAUCUCCAAUUGGGUCGACGCCAAGCCCCAAAAACCCAUUCGGCUUGCUCAAGAGCCUGAUGUAUUGCUACAAGUGCUGGAAUCCUGAUAUAUUGUAUUGCUGGUUUUGUAACAGCUGUUCGCUCGGAU